CCUGCCGCCGCCGCCAUCGCCAUCGCCAUCGCCAUCGCCAUGAGCAGCGUUUCCUACCACAUCUCCAACCUCCUGGAGAAAAUGACCUCAACCGACAAGGACUUCAGAUUUAUGGCCACCAAUGACUUGAUGAUGGAACUGCAGAAAGAUUCUAUAAAGCUAGAUGAAGACAGCGAGAAAAAAGUUGUGAAAAUGCUUUUGAAAUUGCUGGAGGACAAAAAUGGGGAAGUACAGAACCUUGCUGUCAAGUGUCUGGGCCCACUGGUUGGCAAAGUGAAGGAGUACCAGGUGGAAACCAUUGUGGAUACGCUGUGUACAAACAUGUUAUCAGACAAGGAACAGCUGAGGGACAUCUCCAGCAUUGGGCUGAAAACUGUCAUCUCAGAGCUGCCACCAGCUUCUACAGGCUCUACUAUGACAGCAAAUGUGUGCAAAAAGAUCACAGCCCAGCUGACAGGAGCCAUUGGCAAGCAGGAGGAUGUAUCUGUGCAGCUGGAGGCGCUUGACAUCUUGUCAGAUAUGUUGAGCAGACUAGGAGGGACACUCUACUCUUUCCAUUCCUCCAUCCUGAAUUGUCUCCUUCCCCAGCUGACAAGCCCCAGGCUGGCAGUGCGCAAAAGGGCCAUCAUUGCCUUGGGUCAUCUUGUCUUGACCUGCAGUGGGAACAUCUUCUCAGAGCUCACAGAGCAUCUGCUUGCUGAGCUGAAGAGGAACGAGUCUACUUCUACCACCAGGACUUACAUCCAGUGUAUUGCUGGCAUUAGUAGGCAGGCUGGGCACCGCAUAGGAGAACAUCUGGAGAAGAUAAUUCCUCUAAUUGUUCAGUACUGUAACGUGGAAGACGAUGAGCUGAGGGAGUACUGCUUUCAGGCUUUCGAGUCUUUUGUGAGAAGGUGCCCAAAGGAAAUUGACCCUCACAUCCCUAAUGUGAUGGGUUUGUGCUUGAAAUACAUCACUUUUGACCCAAACUACAACUAUGAUAAUGAGGAGGAGGAAGAGGAGAUGAUGGAAACUGAAAAUGGGGAGGAUGAAGAGCAAGAAAGCGAUGAUGAGUACAGCGAUGAUGAUGACAUCAGUUGGAAAGUCCGCAGGUCUGCAGCAAAGUGCCUGGAGGCCAUUGUCAGCACCAGGCACGACCUCCUCCAGGACUUCUACAAAACCCUUUCCCCAGUUUUGAUAAGCAGAUUCAAAGAGAGGGAGGAGAAUGUCAAAGCGGACGUCUUCAGUGCUUAUGUCUCCUUGCUGAAGCAAACACUACCUAUUCAGAGCUGGCUGCAUGCUUCAGAUGUCACUGGCAAAGAUGAUGUUCCCCUCACAAUGCUUCAGAACCAGGUUCCCAGCAUUGUCAAGGCCUUGCACAAGCAGCUCAAAGAAAAGAGCAUUAAAUCCAGACAGGGCUGUUUCAGCCUCCUGACAGAACUGGCUAAUGUUCUUCCUGGUUGCCUGGCAGAUCACAUCCCUGCACUAGUGCCUGGUAUUGUUUUCUCCUUGGCUGAUAAAUCCAGCUCCUCCAACAUGAGGAUUGAUACACUGUCUUUCCUUCACGUCCUCCUCUGCAACCACCAGCCAGAGGUAUUUCAUCCGCAUAUCAAAACCCUGCUACCUCCAGUUGUGACCUGUAUUGGAGACCCCUUUUAUAAGAUCACUUCAGAAGCUCUACUGGUCACCCAGCAACUUGUGAAAGUUAUCAGGCCCUUGGAUAAAUCUUGCACUUUUGAUGCCAAGCCCUAUGUGAAAGACCUAUUCUCUGGUACUCUGAAGCGACUGAAAGCAGCUGAUAUCGAUCAGGAAGUAAAAGAGCGAGCGAUCUCAUGCAUGGGACAAAUCAUCUGCAAUCUGGGAGACCAUUUAAGCACUGAUCUCCAGCCAACCUUGAAGAUAUUUCUGGAGAGGCUCAAAAAUGAAAUCACCAGAUUGACAACAGUCAAAGCAUUAACUUUAAUUGCUAGUUCUCCACUUAAAAUAGACUUAAGGCCCAUUCUAGGGGAAGGUUUCCCCAUUUUAGCUUCCUUCCUGAGAAAGAAUCAACGUGCCUUGAAACUGAGCACUUUGACUGCUCUGGAUAUCCUAGUGAGGAACUACAGUGACAGCCUCAAGCCUGCCAUGAUAGAGUCAGUCCUAACGGAGCUCCCUGCUUUAAUUAGUGAGAAUGACAUGCAUGUUUCCCAGGUGGCUAUCGUGUUCCUUACUACCUUAGCUAAGGUUUGUCCAUCCUCCAUCUCUAAGAUCAGCGGUUCAAUUCUUGCUGAAAUCUUUCAGCUUGUCCACUCACCUUUGCUGCAGGGAGGGGCGCUGAAUGCUAUCAUAGAUUUCUUCCAGGCUCUGGUUUUGACAAAGACAGCCACCAUGGGUUAUUCGGAGCUGAUGAAGCACCUGAAUGCACCUAUAUACUCCUCGGGUUCAGCUGGGGCGUCGGUAACAUUACACAAACAGGCUUAUCACUCUGUCGCAAAGUGUGUGGCAGCCCUUUCCUCAGCCUGCCCCAAAGAAGCCCCUGGGGUAGUGAACCAGUUUAUCCAGGACGUAAAAAACCCCAAAUCCAGCUCUGCUGUUAAAGUGCUAGCCUUCCUUUCGCUGGCAGAGAUGGGGCGCACCAUGAACCUCAGUGCACAGAAAGAGCUCAAAACGGUCAUCCUGGAAGCGUUCACUUCCCCCAGCGAAGAGGUAAAAUCUGCUGCUUCCUUUGCCUUGGGGAACGUCAGCGUUGGGAACCUUAAAGAGUAUCUUCCCUUCAUGUUGAAAGAGAUUGGAAGCCAGCCCAAAAGGCAGUACCUCCUGCUGCACUCUCUGAAAGAAGUCAUCAGCUCUUCCCCAGCGGAUGGCCUCAAACCUUAUGUCGAGGAUAUUUGGGCUUUGCUUUUUAAGCACUGUGAGUGCACAGAGGAAGGGACACGCAAUGUGGUGGCCGAAUGCUUAGGGAAACUGACUUUGGUGAACCCUUCCGAGUUACUGCCUCGACUGAAAAAGCAGCUGUCGUCAGGUUCUCCACAUGCCCGGAGCACGGUCGUAACUGCAAUCAAAUUCACAAUUGCAGACCAGCCUCAGCCUAUUGAUGCUCUCCUGAAAGGCUGCAUAGGUGACUUUUUAAAAACUCUUCAGGAUUCAGACUUGAAUGUUCGACGUGUGGCUUUAGCCAUGUUUAAUUCUGCUGCUCACAACAAACCUUCUUUAAUCCGAGAUUUGCUAAACGCAGUUCUGCCCAGCUUGUAUAAUGAGACGAAGGUCAGGAGGGAACUCAUCCGGGAGGUAGAAAUGGGGCCAUUCAAGCACACAGUGGAUGAUGGCCUGGAUGUGAGGAAAGCUGCUUUUGAAUGCAUGUAUACGCUCUUGGAAAGCUGCCUUGACCGACUGGAUAUCUAUGAGUACCUGAAUCACGUGGAGGAUGGACUGAAGGAUCACUAUGACAUUCGGAUGCUGACCUUCAUCAUGUUGGCUCGCCUGUCCACACUCUGCCCUAAUGCGGUUCUGCAAAGGCUGGAGAGACUGAUCGAGCCCCUCCGGGCAACCUGUUCCACAAAGGUAAAAGCUGGUUCCGUGAAACAGGAGUUUGAAAAGCAGGAUGAAUUGAAGCGAUCAGCAAUGAGAGCAGUAGCUGCUCUCCUAACAAUCCCUGAAGUAGAAAAAAGUCCAGUGAUGGCUGAAUUUUCCUCUCAAAUCAGAUCCAAUCCUGAAAUGGCAUCACUUUUUGAAAGCAUUCAGAAGGAUUCUGCCUCCUUAUCCACCACAGAAUCAAUGGACAUGAGUUAAGAUUCUGUUUUACGCCCAUCACCUUCCUGUCCUCAUAACGCAUUAACGUAACAGAUCCUUCAUCGAUGGGCUAAGGAAGAAUGUCAUUGAGCUGGUCUCAACUGCGAGAGCCCCUGCAAGUCAUUGUGCGCCGAGGAGAGAAUGGCUGGAUCCAGCUGCACGCGCAGGAGCUGGACGCCUCACUGAAUUGUAGCAAGAUAUAUGAGUCUAGGAAAAUGUGUUCAUACGUAGGGAAUGGAAUGAAAAACAUAAGUAUAGUGAUUUGUCAGCAAGUUAUUAAAGGGCGUACAAGGCAAUCUAAAUUUAGUAUUAAAAAUGGAGACCGUUUCCUGGAAUGCUUCCCUGCUGCGGUACAAAGAGUAGUAGUUGUUGGGUUUUUUUUAACUCUGCACGUGCACUUUCUACCCCAAAUUGUUUGAAGAAUGUGUUUCAAUUGUUUCACUAAAUAACAUGGCUAAAAAUUUUAAGUCAUGACUUUAACUGGUGAUGAACAUCCUAAUUUCAUCCCAAUUUUAAAAGAGGGGACUGUGUUAAAGAACUAGCUAAGCUGCAUGAGCCACAUUGAGAACACUUAUCACCCAGGUUCCCUGCUAUUGUAUGUAGGACAAAAGUCACAAGAAGUGUGAUGCUGGUAUUUUAGUAUUUCUGCAAAGUUUGGGUGAUACAAAACAAUCAUGCUUGACUGCCAUUAUUACAGUUUUAACUGUGCAAAAUAAAUACCUCAAUCAGCUGUCUUCCAAAAGAGAUCUACUUGAUUGCAUUACAGAACUAAUCUGCCAAUGAGUAUUUCUUAACGUUAAACAAGGGCAUAGCUGUUCCCUUUUGAGCAGCUCAGUGUUUCUAUUGCAGGACUAGCCACCUGCACAGUCACAUACCAAAGCACUGGUAAAUGCUGAACUUUGGUCAUUAAAUGAAAGAAAGAAAAAUGCAUGCUUUUUGAGGAAAGCUGCUAUUCAAUAUACUAGUGUCACAGCACUAAAACAGGCGAAGGCCGUUAACUAGCAUUGUAAAAAUAUAAGCACUCCGUGCUGGCGCUUUCAUAAUUUGAAAAUUUACCUUAAAGUGGCUGCCUUGUUCAAAUUCUGCUUUGCACAGGAAAAGAGCCUUUUAAGAGACACGAGAGAAUGUAAUAGUUAAUUAGAGAAUGAGGCCACCAUGACACCCUUCUUGUAGCUGUGGAUUUGUAAUAAGCUUUCAUUUUUCUGUUUUUGACAAGAGUGGUUGAUGUGAAAACUAUUUAUAGUGCAGUGUGAAAGAACAUCCAUUCUGCUUGACUGGUAUCCCCAAAAAAAUAAAAAUAUACUUAUGAAGCUGCA